CCGCUUCCUUUUCAAGCAGCGCCUGCGAUCAUGGCGGACGUUGUCGCGGAGCAGAUAGUGAUCCAGAAAGCAGUCCACGAAAGGGAACUGAACGGGGAGGCCGAAGUCCGGGAAGAGGCCGACCCAGUGGAUGAGGCAGCGAAAAAGAAGAAGAAAAAGAAGAAGAAGAGCAAGUCUGCAUCGACAGCUGUUGAGCCUGAGGCGGAUGGCGUGGUAGAGGUGACCAAACAGCUGGAGAAGCAGGCGAUUGAGGACAAGGAGAAGGACGAAGAUGGCGAGGACGAUGGAGACGACGGGGAAAAUGCAGCAGGGAAAAAGAAGAAGAAGAAAAAGAAGAAGAAAGGAUCCAAAACUCAAACUGAUCCCCCAUCUGUUCCCAUCUGUGAAUUGUACCCAAAUGGAGUCUUCCCCAUUGGGCAAGAGUGUGAAUAUCCUGUCUGUCAGGAUGGUCGGAGUGCGACGUGGCGUAUGACCAUGGAGGAGAGGCGGGUGAUGGAUAAAGCCAACGAGGAGGUGUGGAACGACUUCAGGCAGGCGGCCGAGGCUCACAGACAAGUCCGAAAACACAUCCGCAGCUUCCUCAAACCUGGGCUGACCAUGAUUGAAAUCUGCGAGCGAUUGGAGGAUUGUUCCCGUAAGCUGAUAAAGGAAAACGGGUUGAAUGCCGGGCUGGCCUUCCCCACCGGCUGCUCUUUGAACCAUUGUGCUGCCCACUACACUCCCAACGCUGGAGACACCACCGUCCUGCAGUACGACGACGUCUGCAAGAUUGACUUUGGCACACACAUCAAUGGGCGAAUUAUUGACUGUGCCUUUACCGUCACCUUUAACCCAAAGUACGACAAGCUGCUGGAGGCUGUGCAAGAUGCCACCAAUACUGGAAUCAAAAACGCCGGCAUCGAUGUGCGCUUGUGUGACGUCGGAGAGGCGAUUCAGGAGGUGAUGGAGUCCUAUGAGGUGGAGAUUGACGGGAAAACAUACCAAGUGAAGCCAAUCAGAAACCUGAACGGUCAUUCUAUCGGUCAGUACAGGAUACAUGCUGGAAAGACGGUGCCCAUCGUUAAGGGAGGGGAAGCAACAAGAAUGGAGGAGGGAGAGGUUUACGCCAUCGAGACGUUCGGCAGCACGGGUAAAGGUGUGGUCCACGACGACAUGGAGUGCUCUCACUACAUGAAGAACUUUGAUGUCGGGCACGUCCCCAUCAGGCUGCCUCGAGCGAAGCACCUGCUGAACGUGAUCAACGAGAACUUCGGGACGCUGGCGUUCUGCCGCCGCUGGCUGGACCGCCUGGGCGAGAGCAAGUACCUGAUGGCCCUGAAGAACCUGUGUGACCUGGGCAUCGUGGACCCCUAUCCUCCUCUCUGUGACACCAAGGGCUGCUACACCGCUCAGUUUGAGCACACCAUCCUGCUCAGGCCCACCUGUAAGGAGGUGGUGAGCCGAGGAGACGACUACUGAGACCCCCUCCUGACCUGACGCCCCUCACCGCACACAACACCUCCAGACACUGAUAGAGAAACAGCCGAAAAGAGCCUUUUUAUUCAGAAGAGCUGAAAAUGGAGAAAUGUUAUUGUAGUCUACCUACAAUGCAUCCCUCACAGCUUCCAAGGAAGGAUACAGAUAAAAUCAAACUAUCCAAUACAACUUCUUUGGAUCUCAUUUAGAAAACCUUUAGCAGUUAAUGUAUUAAAGCUGCCAGUGAACUCAGUGCAACCCCAGUAUUCAGAGAGAAACGGAGAAUUCAAGACCUAAGACCUCCCUUUCAGUUACAGUGACUCCACUCUGAGAUGUCAGUUCCACAAUCGAGGCUACCAAUGCUUUUAGGAAGUAUUUAGCUCAAUGCAUGUUGGGAAAUCACUGCGUACGGACUUGUCAGCAUAUUUAAACUCGGGGUGCCGUAGUAGUAGGUGCCAUCUUCAUUCAGACACGACAUACCUGCAGCUGUAUGUCUUGCUUCUGUCGCUACAGGAGGGAAAAUCUGCACUCUGGCCCUCCAGUCUUGGUUUCUUUAACAUUUGUAAAAUAUCGUUAAAACGACCGUUGCGACUGUAUGUUGCUGGGUAAAAUGCUUCAUUUGGAACUCUCCUUGGAAAUGUUUUUGUAAGAAAAAAGGAUGAUUAAAAUAAUUUUUGCUCAUUAA